CUCCCCCAAGGGCAAAGGCGAAAAAAAAGUUUUCGGUGAUGCCUACCCCUCCAUCCCAAUUCUGUGCCUCCCUGUGGGUCCGGCGGCGGCGUGUGUGUCGCAAAGCGCUGUGUGGUGUCCAGUGUGCCAGUGCAAAAGUGAAUUAAUCUGUCCUGGGCCGAAGGCAAAGCCUGGCUUGCACCCUUUAAAUAUUUCCCCCCACCGCCCUCCCACACCCACAAGUUUUUCUUUCUGCCACCUCCAGGUCUCUCCUCAGCUUUCUUUCUUUUUCGUUUGGACUGCCAGCUCUCCACUCAGUCUUUACAUAUUCUUGCGACUUCUCUCUAGAAGAGCCAGAAUAGAGUAGACGUCUUCGACCCUCCAUCGAGAUAUCUACGGGCUCGCCUAUCGUCGCCGUCGGUCACUUGCCUUUUCGCAGGAUACCCCCGAAUAGACUACUCUCCCCCCUCCCAGCAACAUUGUUUAGACGGCGGGAUUAGAUUCCUUGGACGUCUUCUCUAAGUCUCCACGACAUUUUUUCGACGUUUCGAUCAAAUCACACAAAACCCGAUAAAAUGGCUCCCUCCGAGAACGCCGCCAGCAUCAAGGUGCUCGAUGAGCUCAUGCAGAAGCUCACCAUCUCCAAGGAGGCUGAUCAGAUCAAGGAGGCUUCGGCCGCCCUUGCUUCCUUCAUCAACGGUCGCAUCGAGGACCUUGAUACCCCCACCAAGACCGUCGAGGCUCUCAAGAAGCAGCUCGCCAACAAGAAGGAUGCCACCGUCCGCGAGAAGGCCCUCCUUGCCAUCCAGGCUAUUGCCCAGCACUCCGAGGUCUCUUCUGCCGUUGAGCCCUACCUCGUUGCUCUUCUCCCCAGCGUCCUGGCUGGCGCUGGUGACAAGAUCACCGCUGUGAAGAAUGCCGCUUUCGCCGCUGCUCUGGCCAUCGCCGAGGCCAUCAACCCCAACGCUGUCAAGGCCGUUCUCCCCGCCUUGAUUGACUCACUCCGCAAUGCCCAGAAGUGGCCCGAGAAGAUGCUUGUCCUCGACUUCAUCGAUGUCCUCAUCAAGACUGCCCCCGCCCAGACUGGUCUCCGUGUCCCCGACUUGAUCCCCGUCAUUUCCGAGGCCAUGUGGGACACCAAGAAGGAGGUCAAGGACCGUGCCUACAAGACCAUGGAGCAGCUCUGCCAGCUCAUUGUCAACCGCGAUAUCGAGCGCUUCAUUCCCGAGCUCAUCAAGUGUAUCGCCAAGCCCGAGAACGUCCCCGAGACUGUUCACUUGCUUGGCGCCACCACCUUCGUCACUGAGGUCCAGGAGCCCACUCUUGCCCUCAUGGUUCCCCUUCUUGAUCGUGGUCUCGCCGAGCGCGACACCGCCAUCAAGCGCAAGUCGGCCGUCAUUGUCGACAACAUGUGCAAGCUCGUCGACGACCCCAACAUUGUCGCUCCUUUCUUGCCCAAGAUGAUGCCCGGUCUCCAGAAGAACUACGAGAACUUGGCUGAUCCCGAGGCUCGUGAGAAGACCAAGCAGGCUCUUGACACCAUCAUCCGCGUCGGUAACGUCGUUGACGGCAAGAUCCCCGAGGUCCGCAACCACGGUGAUAUCAAGACCAUCCUUGGCCACUUCAAGGAGGUCCUCCCCGCCAAGCACGCUUCUGCUCUUGAGAAGUUCGCCCCCGUCCUCGAGUACGCCGCCGCUGUUGCUGGCCAGCUCGUCGACGAGAAGGAGACCGAGUCCGCCGUCUGGGCUGAGGCUGUCAAGCCCUACGUCGCUGUUGUCGUUGGUGAUGACGAGGCUCAGUCCAUCACUGACGCUCUCCGCAAGCGCGCCAACCCCGACCUCGCCGAGGGCGAUGACGGUGAGGAGGACGACGAGGAGGGUGAGGAUCUGUGCAACUGCACCUUCUCGCUCGCCUACGGUGCCAAGAUCCUUCUCAACCAGACCCAUCUCCGCCUCAAGCGCGGCCAGCGCUACGGUCUGUGCGGUCCCAACGGUUCCGGAAAGUCCACCCUCAUGCGCGCCAUCAACAACGAGCAGGUCGAGGGCUUCCCUAAGCAGUCCGAGGUCAAGACUGUGUUCGUCGAGCACGACUUGGACUCUGCCGAUACCGAGAUGACCACCAUCGACUGGACCAUGAAGAAGCUUGCCGAGGCCGGCGUCGACGUCAGCCAGGCUGAGGUCGAGAAGCGUCUCAGCGAGUUCGGCUUCUCCGAGGACAUGAUCAAGAACGAGAUCACUGCCCUCUCCGGUGGUUGGAAGAUGAAGCUGGCCUUGUGCCGUGCCGUCUUCGAGGCUCCCGAUAUUCUCCUGCUCGACGAGCCCACCAACCAUCUCGAUGUGAAGAACGUGAAGUGGCUCGAGGACUACCUCAUCAACUCCCCUUGCACCUCCAUCAUCGUCUCUCACGACAGUGGUUUCCUCGACAACGUGUGCCAGCACAUCGUCCACUACGAGCGCUUCAAGCUUAAGCGCUACAGAGGCAACCUCGCCGAGUUUGUCAAGAAGCACCCCGCUGCCAAGUCCUACUACGAGCUCGGUGCCUCCGACAUGGAGUUCUCCUUCCCCGAGCCCGGUUUCCUCGAGGGUGUCAAGACCAAGGCCAAGGCCAUUCUCCGUGCCACCAAGAUGUCCUUCCAGUACCCCGGCACCGCCAAGCCCCAGAUUUCCGAUAUCUCCUUCCAGUGCUCGCUCGGUUCCCGUAUUGCCGUCAUUGGUCCCAACGGUGCCGGCAAGUCCACCCUCAUCAACGUGCUCACUGGUGAGCUCAUCCCCACCGCCGGUGAGAUCUACCAGCACGAGAACAUCCGUAUCGCCUACAUCAAGCAGCACGCUUUCGCCCACAUCGAUAACCAUCUCGACAGCACUCCCUCCGAGUACAUCCAGUGGCGUUUCCAGACUGGUGAGGAUCGUGAGACCAUGGAUCGUGCCAACAAGAUCAUCACCGAGGCUGAUGAGGAGGCCAUGAACAAGGUUUUCAAGGUCGAGGGCACCAUGCGCCGUGUCAUUGGCAUCAACUCCCGCAGAAAGUUCAAGAACUCGUACGAGUACGAGUGCUCUUUCGCUCUCGGCGAGAACAUUGGCAUGAAGAACGAGCGCUGGGUUCCCAUGAUGACUGCCGACAACGCUUGGUUGCCCCGCUCCGAGCUCCUCGCCUCCCAUCAGAAGAUGGUUGCCGAUGUCGAUAUGAAGGAGGCCCUUGCCUCCGGUCAGUUCCGUCCCCUCGUGCGCAAGGAGAUCGAGGCUCACUGCGCCAACUUCGGUCUCGAUGCCGAGCUUGUCUCUCACUCCCGCAUGCGCGGUCUCUCCGGUGGUCAGCGUGUCAAGGUCGUCCUUGCCGCCUGCUCGUGGCAGCGUCCCCAUCUCAUCGUUCUUGAUGAGCCUACCAACUACCUCGAUCGUGACUCUCUCGGUGCCUUGUCCAAGGCCCUCAAGAAGUUCGAGGGUGGUGUCAUCAUCAUUACCCACUCUGCCGAGUUCACCAAGGAUCUCACUGAGGAGGUGUGGGCUGUCAUGGACGGCAAGAUGACUCCUUCCGGCCACAACUGGGUGCAGGGCCAGGGCUCUGGUCCCCGCCUCAAGGGGGAUGACGGCGAGGAGGAGGAGAAGUUCGAUGCCAUGGGCAACAAGAUUGUUAGCACCAAGAAGAAGGCCAAGCUUACCAGCUCCGAGGCCCGCAAGAAGAAGAAGGAGCGCAUGGCUCGCCGCAAGCGUGGUGAGGAGGUCUUCAGCGACGAGGACGAGUAAACGUCACGCGCUCGACAUCUUUUCAGCAUGAGUUAAGCGUUACGAACAGGUUCACAAAAGUUGCUUUUUCACAUUCUGGGUUCGGGUUGCAUGGGUGGUCUGGCCUCACUGGGUUUCUGUCUUUUAUGUCCUGUCAUGAUCAUAAUUUCUCUUUUAGCCCGUUACUGUAUCUAUGCCUGGCAGCAUUGGGGCGCAUGAUCUUCCAAGGACUGGAGACCCUUGGAUGCAUGGUUGUGUUUUCUAGAUGCCGGACAGGAGGGAGAGAUACCAAAACGAAGGGGUGGAGAGUUUGUCUCACGAAUAGAGAGCAAUAUAGAUCUUUAGAUACGCCUGUGUGUCC